CGCAGUACAGCUGAUUAUGUCACAGUCUCGGUAACCCUGACGAAGGUGCCGGCACUGCAGAGCGAAGAGCGAAAAACACUCACUGUGUGUCCGACACGGCACCGGUACACCGCAGGUGAUGACGUCACACGGCGAGCAGCGGCGCUGUUGCGAAGCGAAGGGAGGAGCGGGGACACGGAGGCGGAUGCGGGGAUGGAGAUGACGAUGACGACCAUGAGGAUGCGCUGUGCGCUCCACGGCCUCGCGUGUGACGAGAGCGCAUCAUAAUUUCUCUGACACGUCCAUCUGCGGUACGGACACGGACACUGAACGGUUCAGCGCGUCUCCUGCGGCCGGUGUAAGAGCCCACCUGGCGCUGGUGCUGCCGCUGGCCCUGCUCAUGGGCUCCCCGUGAAUAGCUGCCAAGCUGGACGUCACCAUCCCUCGGCCCCUGUCCUCAGCAGCCCUGCAGCUGGCGCCUGCCCACGAGGAGCAGUAUGUGAGUGAGAUGCCGGCGUCUGAGGCGGCGCCUCAGCACACCGUCUACAGAGAUGCGGGGACCAUCACAGAUGUGUGUAACAGCACGGAUCUUCCCGAAGUGGAGAUCAUCAGUCUGCUGGAGGAGCAGCUGCCCCACUAUCGGCUGCGGGCCGACACCGUCUAUGGCUACGACCAUGAUGACUGGCUCCACACUCCGCUCGUGUCGACCGACGUGAGCGUGGACCUCAGCACGGAGCAGAUAGAAGAGACUCUGAAGUACUUCUACAGACACCCUGAGCCCCCCCACUCCCUCUGUCUGCAGUCUCACCCACGUGGCUCCUCCCUUGCAGUGCUCUGCGCUGAGCGAGUGGGCCAGAUGACCAAGACCUACAGUGACAUAGACGCUGUCACUCGUCUCCUUGAAGAGAGGGAGCAGGACCUGGAGCUGGCUGCCCGUAUCGGACAGUCGCUGCUGAAGAGAAACCGGAGCCUCGUCGAGCACAACGAGUAUCUACAGGAGCAAGUGGGCCGUGUCCAGGAGGAGGUUUUCCAGCUGCACCACGAACUUGCCAUGAAGGACGAGCUGCUGCGCUUCUACACGAGUGCCGCUGAGGACAGCGACGGGGACUCGUCCAGCUCCAGCCCGCUGCGGCGGAACAGAUCCACAUGCUCAGAGCCCAGCUGUUUCCCUGUGGACUCCCUGCAGAAGAAACUGCAGGACCUUGAAAAGGAGAACAUCCUCCUGAGAUGCGAGGCCUCCCAUCUCAAGAAUGAGACCACAUCGUACGAAGAGAAAGAGCACAAGCUGGUGAACGACUGUGUGCGGGAGCUCAGGGAGUCCAACCUUCAGAUCACCUCCAUCGCGGAGGAACUGGCCAAGAAGAGUGAAGAUGCAUCCCGCCAGCAAGAGGAGAUCACUCAGCUCCUCUCGCAGAUCGUGGAGCUGCAGAAAAAGGCCAGAUCUUUUGCGGUUGAAAAUGAAGAGCUCACCCAGCACCUGAUGGCAGCCAAAGAAGCGCAGCACCAGCUCACGGCCGAGUUGCAGGAGCUGGGGGACAAGUAUGCAGAAUGCAUAGAGAUGCUCCACGAGGCCCAGGAGGAGCUCAAGAACCUGCGCAACAAGUCUCUGCCCAGCGGCACAUCUCGGCGCUUCCACCCCAUGGGCUUGUUCCCCAUGGACUCCUUGGCAGCUGAGAUCGAAGGCUCCAUGAGGAAGGAGAUGCUGAUGGAUGACUCAGAAACAGAGGAGCACAAAGACGGGCGUGUCGUCGAGACCGUCAAGAACAUGGAGGAGCCGACAAGGCAGCACACCGUGGUGCUGCCGGCUGCCGGCAGAAACAUCCCUGGCUCUAACUGGGCAUCCCUCCCUGCAAAAGCACCGCUGCCCGGCAGCACGACAACAGCACACUCUGCCCAGGUGGAGGGCUCCAAUAAAACACCAAGGACCCCUAGCAGUCCUGACAGUCACAACCUGGAAGUGGCACUGCGGAGACUGUCACUGCGGAGAGAGAACUACUUGAGUGAGCGUCGCUUCUCCAAGGAAGAUAGGGACUCGCCGGUCUCCAACAAGGGCUGUCCGAGGGCUCCCGACACCAUCAUGUCCCUAGGGACGCACUUGUCAGGACUGUCUUUCUCCAGCCGCUCCUACCUGCCAGACAAACUGCAGAUUGUCAAGCCCUUGGAAGGCUCGCUCACCUUGCACCACUGGCAGCAGCUGGCACAGCCCAACCUGGGGGGCAUCCUUGACUCACGCCCCGGCGUGGUGCCCAAGGGCUUCCGUCCCCUGGAGCUGGAGGAUGUGUACCGCUUCUCUGAAUUUGAAGAGGACGAACCACAGGACCUCUUCUUCCAGAGCUUUCCAUGUUCCAGCACAGCCCAGCACCAGUCUGGAAGUCACGUCUCCUGUAGCUCGACCUUCAGCAGCCUCAGCAGUCACAUCCACAUGCCGGAAGCCCCAGUGUUUUACCCUGGGAAGUGUAUGUCCCACACAAGCUCCACGUACACCUUCACCACCUGCCGCAUCCUCCAUCCUUCGGAUGAGCUGACCCGAGUCACCCCCAGCCUUAAUGCUGCCGGCUCUACGGCUUCCUGUGUGGUGAUGAGCAGCCUCAAGUUGACACCCACAACCACGCCCUGCACCCCUCGGCGCCUCAGCCUGGCCGAGUCUUUCACCAACCUGCGUGACUCCACCAAGACCACAAGCACCUCACUGGGUCUGGUGCAUCUCCUCCGGGAGCACGGGAUCUCUGCAGCCGUGUACAACCCCCCAACCAGGGGUAAGGUGAACCACGGAGCCCCGCUUUCUGCCUCUUGGAUCCAGGACCUCCCACUACUUACCUUGCCCAGCUCUCCACCAGGCCGGGCCCCUGCUGCCAGUGCUGAAGCCGACACCGCCUUCAACUUCCAGAGCUGUGGCCUUCCGUACGACAACUUCCUGGCAUCCCGACCGGCCCGCUUCAUCUUGAACGAGGUGGCAGCAGAGGCCAGGAACCACUCUGACCGCGGGAGCCAGACGGACGUCAGCAUCUACAACCUGAACCUGGUGGACAAGCUGAAGCGCUUCAGUGUGGCGAGGCCCGAGACCACUCUGGGUGCCUUGACCCGUCCAGGGCCUCCAUUCACCCUGAGCACAGAGCUGCAGCGCAACCGCAGCUACCCUGCUCUAGUGGGCGCUAGCAUGGCUAUGAAGGGCCCGGGGCCCCCCAGCUCUGAGGUUCUCCUGGACUCCAAGCUGCCCAAACAGAGGAGCCUCAGGUAAUGUGCAGAGGGUGCCCCUCACCCUGUGCAUUCAGUAGAGCCACAACGCCACACCUGCUGCGUUUGAAACCUUGCACAGGCCUAGGGUGCAAGUAGUAGCACACAAACAAAUAUGGAAACAGUGCAGCAGAGGGACACGGACCCAGUUCAAAGAGGCACAAAAGAUGGAAACAUAGCAGUGGCCCUAAAGGUGGCCCUGUAGGUGCAACCUCUUCCUCUGCGCACCAGGUGGGGGGAGGUCCGAUCCCGCUGUUUACUUUUCCCUAUUGUUUUCCAAGAUUGUUCCGGGGUACAGUUUACCCAUGAGCAUGCCUGAAUACUCACUAUCUUUCUGAUAAUAAGAUUAAAAAAUUCAUUUCAAAUGUUAGCUGCCCCAGUAGAUGUUUUAUAGGUUCAUAAACACAAGAUUGUGAAGCUCUUUCUGCAAUCUUGUUUAAACAAGGCAAAUAUUAACUGUUAUAACCCAAAGACAGGAUGAAAUGAAUUGAACAUGAGUUUUGGCAGCUUUUCGAAGAAAUAACAUGAAACAUACAAAUGUUAAGCAAAAUGAUCAUCACUGAUAUCUGUAGUUGUGCAUUGAUCUGAAUGACCUUUAACCACAGGUCACAUAGAAGACGUGUU